AUGAGGAACGCGAUUGAGGGGUUGAAUGGCCGCAGCAUCACCGUCAACGAGGCUCAGUCUCGCGGCAGCGGUUGCAGAGGCGACGGUGGUUCCGUGGCCCUCGUCGUGAUGGCAGAGGCUAUGGAGGCAGUAGCGGCGGCGGUGGCUACGGAGGGCGGUGGCGGUUCUGGAGGAGACGGUGGCAGUGGAUAUGGCCGUCGUGAGGGCAGUGGUGGUUAUGGCGGCGGCAGCCGUGGCAGUUACGGAGUGUGA